UUUGCUGCUGUUUAAAUAGGAAAGCAUCCUGGAUCUCAGUGGGUGGGAGGGUGGAUGAGGUGUUGAAGGUCCAUGCUGCCUAUGCAAAAGGAACAACUCUGUUUCUCCGGCUAGAUAAGUAAGAAACCUCAGCAUCUUCAGGAGAGCCAAGAGAUUGGACAGGCUCUGCAGCAAGCCAGGAAUGUCAUGCAAUCAUGGGUGCUGGUCUCUAAAGAGCUGGUAUCCUUGCUUCACCUAUCUCUGUUGCACUUAGAAGAAGAUAAAACGACUGUGAGUCAAGAGUCUCGGCAUGCAGAAACCUUGGUCUCCUGCUGUUUUGAUGUGUUGAAGAAAUUGAAAGCAAGGCUCCAGAGCCUCAAAGCAGAAAGGGAAGAGGCAAAGCACAGAGAGGAAAUGGCCCUCAGAGGCAAGGAUGCGGCAGAGACAGUGCUAGAAGCUUUCUGUGCACACGCCGUCCAGCGCAUCAGCCAGCUGGAACAGAACCUGGCAUCCAUGGGGAGAUUCAGAGGACUCUUAAAGGAGACCCAGACACAACUGGUAGGUCUUCAUACUGAGCAAGAAGAGUUGGCUCAGCAGACAGCGACUCUUACUUCAAUCUUGCAACAGGACUGGAUAUCCAUGCAACUGGAUUAUAUAACAUGGACAGCUUUGCUGAGCCGGUCUCGACAACUCACAGAGAAACUCACAGCCAAGAGCCGGCAGGCCCUGCAGGAACGUGAUGCCGCCGUUGAGGAAAAGCAGCAGGUACAAACCAGGGGUGGGGACUGCUUAGGCCUGGUUUUCUCCUCCUCCUCCUCCCCAGAAGGCUUUUCUAAUGAGUGGUGUCGUUAGCCUCUUAACCUGGAC